CAACCAAAUUUUUAAAUAAUAUUUUUCAUUGAUUUUACAAAUAAACAAAGUGCACAUAUAAAUAUAUAAGUACUCAACGAGUCCCGGUAUGUUUGUUUAAAGUCAUUCUUAAAUAAAAAAAUUCCGUUGAAUAGAAAAACUAUCCAGUUACAAAGUCCACCCAUUAUUAUUCUUGAGAGUUGAGACCCUGUACAGCGUAACUCUUAUUACUAAGUGGAUUGUAAUAUCCAGUUGUUCUGUUAAGUAUUACAAUGAUGAAAUGCGUGUAUCUAUUGUAGUUGUUCUGGAAGUUGGGAUAAUAAGCGCACAAGGGCUAAUGCCAAUGAAAACAAGAGAUGGUAGAGGAACCACAGAUGCUUAUUGUGUUUCUAAAUAUGGACAAAAGUGGAUCAGGACAAGGACAAUCGUAGAUAACUUAUCUGAAGAUUCUAGGGUGUAUGCAGGACUGAAAAUACAUCCGUUUUUUUCAUUGUGGAAGGUAGAGAAGAAAAAUCAGGAGGAGGAAUGUGGUUUGAUCCCUACUAAGAGGGAAGGGAGAGGAGUUACAUGUGAUUCUAUUCAUGUAUUUGAAAAUGUUCAGGAUGAUGUUUCACCCCUUGACUGGAGUGGUUGGACAUUUUUGAAUGAUACCACCACCACUGCGGAGUUUGGUCCACCAAGUUUAAAUUUAUGUUUUGUUGAAUCCUUAAAUUUUGAUAACUUUCCUGAUGUAAAAUCCUCAAGCGCUUCAAUUUCUCAGAAUGUCAUGUCUUGCUCAGAUCAACUUUCUAAACAGUCAGAUAAUAUGCUGGAAAUAUCACUAACAAACUCAGCUGGCCUAGCUAAUGAGCAAGCAAUAUGUCCAUCAAAGCUAGAAGGUGUCAAGGACUUGGAAUUGGAGGGGAAUGAAAUCAAUACUUUUUCAGGACAUAAGAACAUUUUCAGAAAGUCAGAUACUGAGCCACAAAGUAAAUUUCUUCAAGAAAGGAUAAAACUACUGGAAAAACACAUAACAAACCAAGUUUUGCAUUGUACCUCUAGAGAGACUGAAGGAACAAUUAAUGGAAGUUCUACUGGUAACCUCCUCAACCUGCUUGCUUUGAUACUGCAGUGA